AUCACUUAGCGUUGAAGAAAGGAAGAGUGACAAAACCCAGGGAGAGAAUCAAUGGCGGAGAGGAAGGUGGUGGCGAUGGGGGAGGAAGAAGAAGAAGAAAUGGAGAUCGCUAUGGAAGCAAGAGAGGCGGAGAACAGGACGAAGCCAAACACGAAAGAGCGGAAGGUCUCGUGGGCGAGACUACGUCGUGUCGACUCUCUCAACCUGGAGGCCGGUCGAGUCUCCAUGUCCCACGCCCACUCCUCCGAGAUGAAUUGGCAAAGAACUAUGAGUUUGGCAUUUCAGAGCAUUGGAGUGGUGUACGGUGAUAUAGGGACGUCUCCACUCUAUGUGUAUGCGAGUACUUUCACGGAGGGAAUUAAGGACACUCAAGACGUUAUCGGGGUUCUAUCGCUAAUCAUCUACACGAUUGCCCUCCUCCCCAUGCUCAAGUAUGUCUUCAUCGUCCUCUUGGCCAAUGACAACGGCGACGGAGGGACGUUCGCGCUGUACUCGCUGAUAUGCAGGUAUGCCAAGGUGAGCCUUAUCCCGAAUCACCAACCUGAGGACCGGGAAGUUUCGAAUUACAAGCUCGACACUCCAUCGAACCAGCUGCAACGGGCUCAGAAGAUCAAGAAGAAGCUUGAGAACAGUAAGACCGCCAAGAUCGUGCUGUUUCUGGUCACCAUCAUGGGCACUUCCAUGGUCAUUGGUGACGGUGUUCUUACUCCAUCCAUCUCAGUUCUUUCAGCCGUGAGCGGGAUCAAGUCACUGGGCAAAGUUCCGGUGGUGGUGAUAUCGGUGGUGAUCCUGAUAAUCCUUUUCUGCAUCCAGAGGUUCGGGACAGACCGGGUUGGGUUCACGUUUGCCCCCAUCAUCUUCAUCUGGUUCACGUUCAUUAGCGGGAUCGGGCUCUACAACCUGUUCAAGCACGACAUAGGUGUGUUGCGUGCCUUCAACCCUAAGUAUAUUGUCGACUACUUCAACCGCAACGGCAAGCGAGCCUGGGUCUCCCUCGGUGGCAUCUUCCUUUGCAUUACAGGCACCGAGGCCAUGUUUGCCGAUCUGGGUCAUUUCAAUGUUCGAGCAAUCCAAAUCAGCUUCUCUUGCCUCACAUUUCCUGCACUUUUGACCGCAUAUAGUGGACAAGCAGCUUAUCUCAUGAAGCACCCUGACCAUGUUGCCAACACUUUCUAUGACUCAAUCCCACGACCAAUAUACUGGCCCAUGUUUGUUGUGGCGGUCGCUGCGGCGAUCAUUGCAAGCCAGGCGAUGAUCUCGGGGGCAUUCGCCAUCAUCUCGCAGUCGCUGAGCUUGGGCUGCUUCCCAAGGGUCAAGGUGGUUCACACGUCGGCCAAGUACGAGGGCCAGGUUUACAUACCGGAGGUGAACUACAUGCUAAUGGUCGCCUGUGUCUUGGUCACCGCCUCCUUCCAGACCACAACCAAGAUCGGUAACGCAUACGGAAUUGCCGUGGUGAGCGUUAUGGUGAUCACGACUUGCAUGCUCACUCUCAUCAUGCUCGUUAUAUGGAAGACGAGCAUAUGGUGGAUCGUGCUCUUCUUCACUGUCUUCGGUUCGAUUGAACUGCUCUAUCUCUCGUCAGUCCUCUACAAAUUCAGACAGGGUGGUUUCUUACCACUUGUGUUCGCGGCUGUCCUCAUGACUGUCAUGAUCAUCUGGCACUACGUUCACAAGCAACGGUAUAUGUAUGAGCUCAAGAACAAGGUGUCAGCUGAGUUUAUCAGAGAUCUUGCUGCGGACCCAAGCAUCAACCGGAUCCCUGGGGUCGGCCUCCUCUACUCAGAGCUUGUGCAGGGCAUUCCUCCAAUAUUAUCGCAUUUUGUGGCAAAUAUUCCGUCUAUCCAUUCGGUUCUAGUCCUUAUCACGAUCAAGCACCUCCCAAUCAGCAAGGUUGCACCGGAGGAGCGGCUCUUGUUCAGGCAGGUUGAGCCAAGGACCUUCAGGAUGUUCCGCUGCAUCGUGCGGUACGGAUAUAAUGACAAGAUUGAGGAGCCACAUGAGUUCGAGCGCCAAUUGGUGGACAACUUAAAGGAAUUCAUCCGGCACGAGUACUUCUUCCUCGAGGCUGAGAACAACGAUCACGACCGAAAGGACGAGACAGCCCAUAACAAUGCAUCGCAUUCGACAUCGCUAGGGGAAGAUGGACAGGGCAAGGGAUCAACUGUCCACAUGGAGGAGGAGUUGCUGCCGCAGCCAAAUCCUUCCAAUCUCUCUUCCAAUUCUAUCCAAUCGUUUAACGCGAUCAAGUCAACGAAUUCUUCUUGUCGAACUGUGUUCAGUCUGAGCCGGGUGGCCGAAGGGGAGAUUCAAUUCGUGCAGAAAGCGAUGGAGAGGGGAGCGGUGUACCUCCUCGGGGAAGCGGAGGUGGUUGCUGAGCCAAAGUCGACCUUGUUCAAGAAGUUCAUCGUCAACUAUGUCUACAGUUUCCUCAGGAAAAAUUUCAGGCAAGGCGAGAAAAUCAUGGCGAUCCCUAGGAAUAGGCUUCUGAGAGUUGGCAUGACAUAUGAGAUAUGAAUGAAAAGAGAACACUAAUUAUCGUUUAAUAAGAUUUAGCAACAUUUCAUGGGAAAGGUGCUAAAUGCAUGUUCAAAAUAAGAGCACAAGUUGAAGAAACAUCAUGUUCACGUUUUUUAAGCAAUCAUUUUUUUUUUCAACACAACCAAUGUUUUGAUAUGGACCACCUUGUGUCCUAAUGAAUGUUAUCGCCAUGUAAAUGUACACACCCUUUUGUUUCCUCUGCAUUCAAAAAGAAAAUUCAAUUA